GUCAAUGUCAUGUCAUUUCAUUCGAGACACACUGAUGUAAUAAAAUCAAGAAACAAAAUGGAAAAUAAACGCUAAUAAUUUGAAAAAACAACUUACAAUGUUACCUAUAAUUUUGCUGCAUACCGAUAAGUCACUCAAGCAUACGAGUUAACAAGAAAGGAAUUGUACAGCUGAAUGUUAAAAAUGUCUGGGAUGCAAUGUGUGAGGAGUAACUUGCGAACUAUUCGGCGCGCGGUCCGGCUCGCUGCUGUGUUAGCCCGGCGGCCGGUGGACGGCAGCGGCGCAGCCGGCGCGGGAUCCGGCGGCGACGGCGGCGGCGAACAUGCUGGCGAGCGCUUUUCUCACGCGCGCACCGUCGUCGGAGUGGCUACAAUCGGUCUGGCGCUUGUGGCUGCCGACCAUCAAUAUAAUGAAAAAAGAUUUUUCAAAGCAGCUGGACUUGGCAAUUUACAAGAAAUUCGCAGGCAAGUAGAAGCAGCAAAGGAGGGUCGCGCUCGUGACGGCGGCUGCGCCGACCGGCGGCACACACUCGGCUGGACGGCGCUCAUGGCCGCCGCCGCCAACGACCAGCCCGCCGCCGUCGCCGAACUGAUCCGGCUCGGCGCGCGCCCUGACCUGCAGGAGAAAUACGCGGGCGCGUCCGCCGCCGCGCAGCAGCAGGGCUUGCAUCCCUUGGAAGCGAUGCAGCGACGCGAGGACGAGUUCUGCGCGUCCAUGAACUCGCGUGCCUCGUUCCUCGGCUGGACGGCGCUCCACUACGCCGCGCUGGCGGACUCGGCGGGCUCGGCCGCCGCGCUGCUCGACGCCGGCGCCGACCCCACCGCGCGCGACCACGCCGGCCGCCGCGCGCUGCACUAUGCGAAAGAUCCGUCUCCUACGAGAGAUCUCAUUGUGGAACACUCGGCUCGUUGGGAAGAGAAGCUAGCCGCCGCCGCCGCCGAGGAACGUCGCAGGUUCCCUCUAGAGCAACGCCUGAAGCAGUUCAUAGUGGGCCAGACGGCCGCGAUCGAGACCGUGGCAGCGGCCGUGAGGCGGAAGGAGAACGGGUGGGCCGACGAGGAACACCCGCUGGUGUUCUUGUUCUUAGGCAGCUCGGGGAUCGGGAAGACUGAGCUGGCUAAGCAACUCGCCAGGUACAUGCACCGCGAUGACCCGGCGGCGUUCAUUCGGCUGGACAUGUCCGAGUACCAGGAGAAACAUGAGGUGGCUAAACUCAUUGGUGCUCCUCCAGGAUACGUGGGCCACGAAGAGGGCGGGCAGCUGACGCGGGCGCUGGCGCGGCGCGCGGACGCCGUGGUGCUGUUCGACGAGGUGGACAAGGCGCAUCCGGACGUGCUCACUGUGUUGCUGCAGCUCUUUGACGAGGGUCGCCUGACGGACGGUAAGGGCAAGCUGAUCGAGUGCAAGAACGCAGUGUUCGUGAUGACGUCCAACCUGGCCGCGGACGAGAUCGCGCAGUACGGCCUGCAGCUGCGGCGGGAGGCCGAGGCCAAGGCGCAGCUCCGGGCCAAGGGGACCGUCACCAAGCACGGAGAGGAUCCAGCGACGCCCGAGGAGGCAGCGGGGGGGGAGGCGCUGGAGGUGUCCCGCACGUUCAAGGACAGUGUGGUGCGGCCCAUACUCAAGCGGCACUUCGGGCGGGACGAGUUCCUCGGACGGAUCAAUGAGAUUGUGUACUUCCUCCCGUUCUCGCGGCAGGAGCUGCUGACGCUGGUGCAGCGCGAGCUGGUGCGCUGGGCCGAGCAGGCGCGCGCGCGGCACGCGGUGGAGCUGCGCUGGGAGGGCGGCGUGCUGGGCGCGCUCGCCGACGGGUACGACGUGCACUACGGCGCGCGGUCCAUCAAGCACGAGGUGGAGCGGCGGCUGGUGAACCAGCUGGCGCUGGCGGCCGAGCGCGGCGCGCUGGCCCGCGGGUGCUGCGUGCUCGUCACCGCCGCCGCCGGCCGCCUCGCGCUCGCCGUGCGCGCGCCCAGGCAGACCGACUACACGCCGCUCGACCUAGCCGUCUGACUUUAAUACUCACUUGAACGGGACUUUGUAAGUGUAUUUUCAAAUAAAAAACAUCCAUAUCACCUCCUAAAGCUCUAUCGUAGUUCAAGAAAAAUUGCAGUUGAAUUUUGAAAUGGUGUAGAAAAUAUGGUUGGAAAACUUGCUUUCAAAACGAAAGAAUCGAAAAAUAUGCAAUUCGGUUCCGAUUUUAAAUGAUUUCAAUUACGUUGAAGUAAAGGCUCCUAGUUCUCUUAAGGCCCAUCAUACGAGGCAAAAUGGCAGUUGUAUUUGAAAUAGUAGUGUAAGAAUUAAAAUCGGACGAAACGUGAUAUGCAACAAUGUUCCGAUUUAAAAUGGUUUAAAUUACAUUUACAGUAAAUACAUGGUGCUACUUUACCGCCCUAGUGCGGUAAUUGGCACACUACGUGCACACGUCGAAAAUUUAGUGUAAAACGUAAGACACGUGCGAAUACACCCAUACCUACAUAUUUGUAACCCUUAUACAAUUCAGUAUUCCUAAAGUAGCAGCAAUGUAAUAAUCAAGUAUAAAAUAAUGUUACCGCAAUAUUUAGGAACAUAGCAGAAUAAGUUUAAUUACCUGUCUUUAACGCAUUUUUCUGUUUUCCGUAAGACAGACAGAGAAAUAUAUAUAUAACGGGUCACUUACGUUUUAAAGUCGAAGUCAAGCAAUGAUUUGAAAACGGGAGUGACCCGUUUUAAAAAUAUCCUUCACUUUUUGCCCUAACAUCGCAAGUCAACGGUCAAAGCGUGGCUGUGAAUGAAUUUUAUUUUAAGGGACCUAUGAUAAGCCGCCGACAUAGUUAAUUAUAUUUAAAAUUAUAUUAUAGCUGUUGUUAAAUUAUAAAAAUAAACGAAUC